CGGUCCUUACGAAAGCUAGAGUGGCAUCGAUGGUAGUGACGAUAGUUUUCGGGAGUGCAAGACGAUAUGGUGAAGCUCCUGGGAGCGAAGAUAUUGCCGGAAAAUUUUGCAAGGGAAUAAAAAAUUCCGAAGGCGAGAAUUUUUGGAAGAAAAUUGUCGCGUGAACCUUCUGGAAGCGAGAGUGAAUUUUCCGAGGACAAACUUUCCGGGGACGAAUUUACCCCACACGAUUUGGACACGUAUUACAAUCAGUGAUUAGCUAAAAUGCAUUAUCAUUUAAAGAUGAAACCUAAUACGUUAGACAUCACAUAUUAAAUAAGGAAAAAUAUGAUGAAUGUUUGUAAUUGUGUUGCCAUUAUAUGAAUAUCAGGGAUGAGAAAUGCAUAAAAUGGAAGAAAAUAGUUUAAUAGUCGAGAGCAAUGGCAACCAUUACAAUGUCGUGGACUUUCUCAAGAAUCAUCCAGGCGGGCGUAAUUACGUUGAAUUUUCCAAAAAUCAGGAUGUUGUCAGCAAAAUGGAGAAAACUCAUCAUUCCAAAUCAGCAUUUUAUUUGUUACGGGAAUAUAAAGUUGGAGGGCGUGACGAAAAAAAUAACAACGGCGAAGAAGACUUAGAGAAACUAGUUGAUUGGAACAAGCCAAUGCUCUGCCAAGUGGGUAGCCUUGGAAGUAGAUAUAUGGAAUGGGUCACUUCACCUGUUGAUCGAAAAUUAAGAUUAUUCGCGAACCCUCUCAUAGAGGGGCUUAGCAUAACACCUUGGUAUGUUGUCCCACUCGUCUGGACCCCCAUUAUUUCCUACAUGAUUUAUUGUGGUAGUUUGCACUAUAUAGAAGUAACAUCAGAUCCAUGUCCUAUUGUGCCUGUUAUAAUCUUUUUGUGCCUUGGAAUUUUGAUAUGGACUCUUUUUGAAUACUGUCUGCACCGAUGGGUGUUUCACAUAGAACCAUCGGGAUCUUCACAAGUAUUGAUUUAUGUACACUUUGCUAUGCAUGGAUUACACCACAAGGUGCCUUUCGAUUCGACGAGACUGGUUUUCCCACCUGCCCCCGCAGCACUUAUCGGCGCCGUAUCAUACAAUGUACUGAAGUUAGUACUUCCAUCAUCAAUUAAACUAUUGGUAUUUGGAGGUGGGCUAUUAGGUUACGUCAUUUAUGAUAUGAUUCAUUUUUACUUACACUAUGGAGCACCAGAAGAAGGGACGAUCCUCUACACUAUGAAACGUCAUCACAAUCAACACCACUUCGCUCGUCACGAUAAAGGUUUUGGGAUCAGCAACCUGUUCUGGGACAGAAUUUUCGGAACAUUAAUACUUUUAAGAAAAUUAGCGUUUGGAAUCAAGUGGGGAAAACCGAUUAAAACAAGCUAACCUUCGUUGUUGUGUUCGUAUCCGCCAGCUAGUUUGCGACGUUGUUUAAUUAUAUUUUUAUAUCGUUUCGUAUUAUUAAACUUAACAUAGAGCGUU